GAGUUGUCCCCCCGCCAUUAACCCAGCAUAUCUCCUGUUGUCCAAGUGUUUUAUGCCACCGUGUGUUUGCUUACAUCCGGGAUAAUCUCACCGAGAGCUUAGUUUUACUUUGUACCAUGCCAAACAUGACUCCUGUUGACCGAUUCCCGAGUGUUCGCAGUUUGACAAGACCACCAUCAACACCUUCGACUGCACUGGCCGCGGAACCAUCGGAUAAAGAUGCACCAGGCCGGGAAUGCAGCACACACGAGGCACUGGCAGCGGUCAUCUUUGUGGGACAACUGUUUUCACUCAUGCCCAUCAUCGGUUACGGGCAGGCCAGUGAUCCGCGAACCGUCACGAUGCGCUACCGUUCCGUACGGUUCGUGUACGGAUGUGUCACGCUCUUUGUCAUGUUGACGCUUAUCGUAAUGCUGGCUGCAUAUACGGUCGAACAGCCCUCGUUCGGUGUACAGCAAGCCUCUUCACUCGUGUACUACGGCAUCAUUGUGUUUUACAUGGUCGAACUAAUGCUGCUGGCACGCAACUGGUCCCACAUUAUGGGCCGCUGGUACGUGGAUGAGUUACCUUUCCGGAGUGAACCGUAUCAACCACCGGCCGGUACACUGCCAUUCCACCGCAAGGUGCAUCUUAUCGCGUUCAGUGUGAUGUUUUUUGCAUUCGUUGAGGACACACUGAACUUCGUGUCGGCGUACCAGUUGAAUGCGCUUCACAUACGCUACUGUCCGCAUCGGAGCGGGUUUUGGAAGAAUUUCUUCCACCGGGAACAUCCGUACGUGCUGCACGUUAUCCCGUACCAUCCGGUGGUCGGAUGGACAAUCGAGCUGACGAUGCGAAUCGCCAAGUUUAGCUGGCACUAUGUGGAUGUGUUCAUCAUCUGCCUCAGCCUUGGACUGCAGCGACGGUUCGUGCAGUUUAACGACCGGCUGGAACGUCUCGAUGGACAACCGCAAACGCAGGGUGUCUGGCGUGGACUGCGGCUAGACUUUGUACGGCUGUCCGAACUGGUCGCUUUCGUUGACGAGCGGUUCUCGAAGCUGAUCCUGUUUAGCUGCGCCAACGAUAUGUUCUUCAUCACCGUGCAGCUGUUUAACAGCUUUGACCUUAAAGCGACCACCGUAACCACGGUUUACUUCUGGUAUUCGCUCGGAUUUCUCAUGUGUCGCUGUUUUCUCAUGCUGUUCGUCGUGUCCUCAAUAAGCCGAGCCUCGGAACGUCCACUGGAAACGCUUCGACGCUUUCCCAGCUCGAAUUGGAAUCUGGAUCUAAGGCGGCUUUGUGACGCAGUGGCCACAUCCGAGAAUGCUCUCUCCGGCAAGAGAUUCUUCUUCGUCCGAAGGCCAUUAAUAUUAGCGAUGGCCGGAACGAUCAUUACUUACGAGCUCGUUUUGCUGGAUCAGGUAAAGAAAAAUCCCGACACGACAAAGGAUUGCACAUUUUAA